AUGUCGCCAAAUACCUCUGUUAUCUUGUUGCUGGCCUCGUUGGCCUCGCUCUCUGGCGCUUAUAUUUAUGUGAGUGACGCAGACUCAUACACGCCCUCGGCUGCACUUGCCUCGGGUCCCAUGGAAACCUCCUUGGUCUGGCGAGCCUCCUUAGCGGCUAUCGACCCUGCGAUGUACGAAGUAUCAUGGGGCCCGUACGUCAGCCAACGGGACAAACAGGGCAAGUUGAAGUACUACCCGCAAACCGCCGGACUGUCCAUCAACAACCACACAUCAUUUCCUCCAGUUGAAGAAUCCGGUUCGAACGAAAUUGUUCGAGCCAAUAUUUCUCUGUCGCAUGCUCCUUACAGGUUGAAGGCCAACCAAUACAACGAGGUCACACUGGGGCCCAAUUCGGUUCUGAAUUACUCGCAAAGCCUUAAUUCUGCAUCCUACAACCAGACGGCUACCGUUCCCUUUGGCUUGAACCUCGGCCGUGCGGGAUGGAAUGAUGGAUCUUUGAUCUUUGGAGGCGGAGUCCCGAGUUACGACGCCAAUCGCGUGCAAUCCAAGCCAUGGUACAUCUUGCCAGGUUCCGAGAACGGCGUCUUCCUCCAGAACGGCGUGGUCAAUCUCACCCACAAGGUGACGAUCCAAGAAUACGAGCGCCAAGAGUAUCGAGACUCCGCAAAUCUGGAAAAAUUAAAAGGCAAGCCUCAGUCAUACCGCGCCAGCAUCAAUUUCAACAGUGACUGGACCCUUCUACCGCCCUCUGCCAGUUUCUGCGGCUCGAACUUCUCCGUCACCCUCAAGCUCAAAACGAGCAGUGCCGAGCUCGAGGACGUGUCUUUCAAAUUCCUGUUCGCGAGUGGAGAUCGCCCGGGGAAUACCCCUCAUAACGGGUAUGAUGGGGACGGAGGUUUUCAUCGAUGCAAGGCACCAUUGACGAAAAAUGAUUCCACGAUCGAGUUUGGCGCCUCGUUCUUCAGUUACACCUAUAUCAUGGUUCCGUCUGUGACCAGUCCACUCUACUUGACUCUGCCGAACACCUACGAUCUUCCGCCGAAGCCUGCUGUUUUCCAUCCUGAUGAAACCCUGAAAGCGCCGCCUAGUCCCACAACUUCUGUGCCGUGGGCUACCACUUCGUCAAGUGCUAGUGGGGUUACUGGGUUUUCGGGUCUUUUGUGUAUGAUGGGUACUGUUCUGUCGCUUGUGUGGCUAUGA